AUGAUAGGUGUUCUGAAGAAGCUACCGAGGAGAGUUUUAGUCCGCUCUUCUUUAACCUAUGAAGAAAUGAUCACAGUGCUUUGUGAUUGUGAAUCUACAAUCAACUCUCGACCAUUGACGUAUAUGCCUGGGGAUGAUGCUGAACUGCUUUCUCUCAGUCCUAAUUUGUUUCUGCAAGACAUUAAAACCUCUGGUGUUCCUGACAUUGAUGCUCUCGACCAUCAAAGUCUUAAUAAACGUAUUAAAUACCGUCAAAAUGUACAAAGGGAUUUGAGACAAAGAUUUAGAGCAGGAUACUUAGGAGCAUUAAUACAAAGAAGCAAGCAUAAAAGUAAACUGAACAUAUCCGUGGGUGAUAUCGUUUUAGUUGGAAGUGACAACAUGAAGCGUAUUAACUGGCCUCUUGGCAAAGUUAUUGAAGUUAUACCGAGCAAAGAAGAAGUUGUUAGACUGGUUAAACUUCAAACAGCUCAUGGACAGAUAUUAAGGCCCGUGCAAAGACUUUACCCUUUAGAGAUUUCUUCUUCUGAUCCCAUUGUGCAGAAAUCAGGACAAUUCGCGAGAAAUCCGGCUCCUGAGACUGUUGUCCCUGAUGAUAACAUCUCUGAGUCUAGAAAAACUAGAUCCGGACGUACUGUUAGAAUACCUCAAAGACUUUGUUUGUGA